AAAUCCAAGGGAGCCGAACUGCCGGUAGCAUCAGCUUCAUUUAUUGUGUAUAUAUAACAGUUUCAUUUCUCGUCGCUGAAGCUAAAAGGCACAUCUUUCUGUCUGCUUUUAUCAGCCGCUUUGCAGGCAAGUGAAGUCUAGCUCUCUCUCAACCCCUCUCAGCUGGUCGGUGCGAAGGAGGGACGCAGGGCACCAGUGAGGCUCGACCCAGCAGAUGUGAAUGUGAGUGACAGACGGACACAGGUGGACACCGCUGCCCGGGGACCUGUUGGUGGCCGCAACAACUGGCCAGCUGCCGCAGAAAUUGCCUCUUUAACGCUGCACUCACGCUGUCAGCGCACACACAACUUCAGAGAGGAAGGUGCCGGCUGCAAGAAGUUUUAUUUCGAAGGGGGAAAACCAGCUAUCUCCCUCCUUCAAGCGGCAAGAUAAUGGGAGAGAUUUAGCAACGAUCCGCCAAGACUCUGGGGAGACCUGUUGCACUGAGUGCUCACAGCUGUGCUUCUAGCUCCAAUGGUCCUGUGCAGAGAGACGAGAAUUGUGCCAUAAAUCAUUGCUACCUGCCACUGUGAUCACUUUGUGUUUGCAGAGGGAGGUGUCCCAGCUUUUUUUCUCGAGUCCCGUGAUCGGCAAGGACAUCGCUUCCUUCAAGUGCGCUGACCCUUUUCUUACCCUCCACAGCGAGGGGAGGGGGUGGGGUGGAGAAGAAGCUGAGAUUUUCACGUGUGGAUGAGCUGGUUUCCUCCUCCUUUAAAAUAAUAAUAAUUUGGAGGGAACAAGAGAGACGGAACAAGAAGGACGGGACGUGAAUCCUUUUUUGCCCGGAAGGUUUUAAAUCCGUGUCUGCUGCAACUGUUGGAUGUUUCUGGACGUUUUUCUGACACUGCUUGAGGAAUGCCUGCCAAGACACCGAUCUAUCUAAAAACAACCAGCAACAAGAGAGGCAAGAAAUUUAAGCUGAGGGAUAUUUUGUCCCCUGACAUGAUUAGUCCCCCACUUGGAGACUUCCGACACACCAUUCACAUUGGCAAAGGAGGGGAGCAUGAUGUGUUUGGUGACAUUUCCUUCCUUCAAGGCAAGUAUGAUCUCUUGCCUGGAAAUCAGGGCAAGUCAAAAUCCGGCCAGUGCGGUGGCCACAGUGAAUUUUUCCGGGCAAACAGCACACCCAACCCUACUUUUCCCGAUACUUCCUCACCGGUGCUGAAGAAUGCCAUAUCGCUCCCCAGCAUCGGGGGCUCCCAAGCCCUCAACCUACCUCUGCUGACCUCCGUGACCUUCAUCCCAAAGCGGGAUUUCUCGGCCCCUCCCAAGCCUCCUCGGCUCCACCCGGACACUGAGCAGGAGGUGCCAGACAAAGACGAGCAAUGGGAAAACGGGAACAAUCGCACAGAGGGAACGGAGGCGGAAAAGGACCUCACCAUCUUGCAGAACGGUGAAUGGAGCAUCAAUCACUCGUGUAAAUUUAUUGGGAAAACCGCGGACUAUAAAACCACGGAAGAAGAUUCCACUCUCUAUCCCGGGCAAUGUGGAGUGAGCCGAACAACCAAUCCUUCAGAAGACUCCCUCCUCAAUCUCACUAGCUCCUUCCUUUCACUUCAGCUGGAUCUGGGGCCUUCUAUUUUGGAUGAUGUCCUCAACGUCAUGGACAGAAAGCCCCAGCUGGAGGUUAAAUAACGUGUAUGCUCUCAACAAACUUGAUGGCAGAGAGGUUGGAUCUCUUUCACACUAUGCUAGGACCUUUGAACCCUUUGGUCUGCAGACUGAACUGGAAGGAGAAACUCAGCCUGUUCCUUGGGAAUGUUUGAUGACUCGCCCUCUGGGAUUCUGUCUCAAUGUUGCUGAUGUUUACUAUUCGUACACUUCUAACUCCUGGGGAGCAUCAAGGACCACUACGGUGCCAAAUUGCUCUCUGGUGGAGCAGUUAGUCCAUCUUUUGGAUGAUGUAGCCAGACCCAACUGAACAUUGACAAUGGCUGCUUUGCAUUUUUUGGUACCACAGCAAUGCAUUCUUGUGCAAUUGAAUAUGUGAUAAUGGGUCAGUGUUAUCCUUUCCUCAUCAGGUGACUACCAAAUGAUGGUUUUCUUCACGGUUGUAGUGCAAGUUUGUGAGAAUCAUUCUGUUUAUGGUUAUCUAUUAGGUACUUAAAGCAUUUUUUUUUGCAAAACAUAUUGCUUAACUGUACAUGUUGCUUGAAAUGAGUGCAGCAUCUGACGCAAUAAAGAGAUAAGUAUGGGAUACUGAGUGGU